UUUUUAAUAAAAUUUCUGUGCAAAUAUGUUAACAAAAAAUAUUUUCUAAAAUUUCAACAAAACUCCGACACAAUCCAAACCAGAAUUAGCAUGUAAAGGCAAAAAUAUUCGUGAAAAUAGUGCACUGGUUCGCGGAGAGCUUGCUUGGCCGCUUGUAAUACAAGAUGCCCUCAACCGCUAAGCAUUGUCUUGCCAAGCGCAAGCAGGAUCAAAGGCGCGCUGAAGCGCACAGCACAUCUAGGCAGAAGGAGGUGCGCGAACUUUGGUUCAACCCGCAUGCGACGGAGAUUUGCGAGUCGCGCAUGAACAUAUGCCUGUGUGACUGCGAUUGUCACAUUUGGCAGGACGAAAAUGUGCAACGAGAGCUUCGAAAAUUAGCAAAUGCUUACUCACAUAAGAACCCACCGGGUAUGAAAGAUGAAGAGGAAACGGAACCGAAACCGAAAACAAAAAAGGGAAAGGUGAGUUCGGUUGAGGAAGAGGAGAAAGAACCAACCAAAAGGUUUUUGUGCUUUAAAAAAUCAUCAACAAAACGUUCACAUAGCAAGCAAAGAGAAGAAAAGGAGCAAAGAAAAAGGCAGAAGUCAAAAGAGGAAGACAAUACGAAAAAAGUGCAUGAAAAAAGUAUAAGUCACAGCAGUAAUCGACCGUUUCCCGUGAAUAGACGAUUUAAGACGCGUGAGGAAGCUAAACGCUAUCGUGAACUUAAAGCCAUUUAUACCACAAAACCAAGAAAUCCACAGCAUUCAGAGAAGCAAAAUGAUACUGAAACAAAAUCUAACCCCCAGAAUACGAUUGAAGCCAAAGGACGCAGUCCAAAAAAGCAUGCCGCAAGCUCAAGUGCUGAUUCAGUAACCACGGCCGCGCAAAGGCAGCACAGAUCACGUAAGAUUAAGACGGAACCAAGAACAAGACCGCAAGGAAGCAAUGACAGCGGCUAUCCACGCGAUCGAUCUUAUGCUCCCAUGUAUGCAGACGAAAGAGAGCAUAUGGAGUUAAAAAAGGAUGACCACAGAGACUCUGAGGUUGGCUGUUGCGGAAUGCGUAAAAAAUCGAAAGCUAAAAAGCAGCAACGGGAAUAUGAAGCCUACACGCCUGCGCAUUGCUCUGACAAACAAACUCCAAGGCCAAACCUGGAGGCGGAAUGUGCACCCACAGCAGGAGAAAUGGAGCUGCUAGAAAUGCUUAGAGCCACUUACACACGUGAAGUGAAACCUGAGCAUGAGCAAAAAUCGAAACCCGCAGCACCAACAGCUACAACAACAGAGGAGGAAACGGGCUGUUGUGGCUCGAACUCUAAAAAGAAACAGCAGCAGGCAGAGGCUGAUUUAUGUGAACAAUGUUACUAUUGUGAGUGCAGUUGUGGGGAUAAUUAUCCUAAAGAAAUCGAGCAGCACCAGGCAACGGAAUGGAUUACCCAAACCAAUGACUCCAAGAGUAAGCAAUACGAUAAGGCAACCGAACCAUUUUGUUCAUGCGAUUCGUCUGAUUCUAAGAAUGGAAAUAAAGAACAUAUUUUUAAAUAUCCUACACGGGAGAUGAUUUCCCUGCAAGUGGAUGAAGAGCAUGCGCCCAGAAAAACAAAAUCUGUAGGGAUAAGUGCUAAACUUAAAAAUGAAAUAGAUACGAGAAAAUCGGUUAAUUCUAUGUACACCACUAAGCGAAAACCGAAAAACAUUAAGGGCACGAAAAAUCAUAACCCGCCAAAAGAUGAGGAUUCCGAGAAAACGUCUUGCUGCUCUUUCUUAUGUCGCAAGAAGCAAAAGAUUGAAGGCGAUAAACCACAAACAAAAACCCAUCUAGUUAAGAAACGAAAAAAACCUCACACAGCCGUAAGUUUUUCGCCGGAGAAACCGCAGAAGCGCAGGCAGCAAGUCACAAAACCUAUAGAAAAAGAAAAAGGUAGGAAUGUGAAUGUAAAUCGGCGUAAACAACCAGCUUUUCAUCCCAAACCUGAGCCGAAAACCAAGUCAUCCCCAAAAACACCGCUAUCUUCUUCGAAAAAUAAACCACAACAAGCAGAUGGCAGAAAGGCAAGACGUCGUAAUCAGCCUGCUUUUCAUCCUAAACCUGAAUCGAAAACACAGCCAAAAGUAAAAACUUCAUCUUCUUCCGUGAACCGGAGGCCACCGCCUGGUGAUAAGAGAAAAGCUACAGCCAGAGGUAAAAUUCGUCAUCUAACAAAACCGAAUAAAGCAAAACCGUCAUCCAAACAACCAGAACGAAGCUCGUUAAAAAAGGAUACUGGCUCUGAAACGUCUUGCUGUCCUUGCUUAAGAGCCAAAAAUAAUUUCGAACAAAGCAACAUUAAGGAAAAAGGCCAUAAAAAAGGCAAGCCCGAAGCAUAUGCUGGCAGUACAAGAAAACCAGCUAAAGUCAAAAGUGGCGAAAAGGUUCAAGAAAAGCCCAAGAAACGACAACGGAAACCUUCACCUACACAAAGUCACGAAAAAGUUCAAAGGAUGAAGCCAAAACAGUCAGGUAAUUCAAAACAACAAGCUUCGAAAGUCGAAAGUCGGGAAAAACUGGAGAAGAAACAAUCAGGCACGUCAUGCUGGUCUUGUUUUAGAAAGAAUAAAACAAAAAAAUCAGAUACAUCUAAAAAGGAGCCUUCGAAAAAUAAAAGUACGGAGAAACUGUACAGAGAUAGACCGAAAGAUGAUUCCAAGCAGAAGCUAUCAAAACAUCAAAGUCAAGAAAAGUUUAAAAAAGAAAAAUCAAAGAAACAUCCUGAUUCUAAGCAGAAAGCUUCCAAGUCCAACAGUAAGGAAACUCUUGAUAAGAAAACAUCCGAAUCAUCUUGUUGGUCCUGUCGUUCAGGCGAUAAGAAAGAAAAAGCAAACCACAUAGAUGAAUCUAAAAGGCGUCCUGCAAAAUCCAAAAGUGAGCAAAAACUUCAAAAGGAUCAAUCAAACAAAUCUUCCGUUUCUAAACAGAAACAUGCAAAAGCUAGCAAAAGUCAGGAGAAAAUUGAAAGAAAAUCAUCUCAGGCAUCAUGUUGGUCUUGUCGUUCUAGUGACAAAAAGGAGAAAACAAAGGAAUCGGAUCUACCUAAACAAAGAACUACAAGGAGCAAAAGUCAGGAUAACAAACAAUUUGCUAGAGAUCCUGCAAGAGUACAUAAAAAUUCACCAAAGAAAACUGGAGAUUCCAAACAAAAGCCCUUCAAAGCAAAAAGUCAGGAAAAAGUUCAAAAGCAGUCAUCCGAGACAUCUUGUUGGUCUUGUCGUUCAAAUAAAGAAAAAGAUAAGAAGCAACCCUCAAGAACCAAGAGCCAAGACAAAACUCUGAAAGAUAGGCCUAUGACAAAGAGUAAAAGUCAAAACAAAAUUCAAAAAGAAAAGACAAAGAGACCCCUGGAUUCUAAGCAAAAACCGUCAAAAGGAAGAAGCCAAGAAAAAGUUCAAAAGCAGUCUUCGGAUACGUCUUGUUGGUCUUGUCGUUCCAGUGGUGGAAAAGACAAAGAAAAGAAACCGAACGAAUCUAGAAAGAAAGCAUCAAAAAGUAAAAGUCAGGAGAAAAUUCAAAGGGAUAAGCCAAAGAAGCCGACUGAUUCUAAGCAAACACCGUCAAAAGGAAGAAGCCAAGAAAAAGUUCAAAAGCAGUCUUCGAAUACGUCUUGUUGGUCUUGUCAUUCCAGUGGUGGGAAAAACAAAGAAAAGAAACCGAACGAAUCUAGAAAGAAACCAUCAAAAAGUAAAAGUCAGGAGAAAAUUCAAAGGGAUAAGCCAAAGAAGCCGGCUGAUUCUAAACAAAAACCUUCAAAAGCUAAAAGCCAAGAAAAAGUUCAAAAGCAAUCUUCUAAUACGUCUUGUUGGUCUUGUCGUUCCAAUGGAGAAAAAGAAAAAGCAAAGAAAGUGGAUGAACCAAAAAGUAAACUAUCAAAAACUAAAAGCCAAGACAAAGAUAAGUUGAAAAGGCCAGCUGAUUCUAAACAUAAACCUCAAGAAAAAGUGCAAAAGCAGCCUUCGAAAACAUCUUGUUGGUCUUGUCGUUCCAAUGGUGAGAAAGAUAAAACAACGAAACCGGACGAAUCAAAAAAUAAACUAUUAAAAAGUAGAGUUCAAGACAAAGUUCAAAAGGAUAAGUCAAAGCUGCCAGCUGAUUCUAAACAAAAGCCUCCGAAAGCUCGAAGUCAAGAAAAAGUUCAAAAGCAGCCUUCGAAAACAUCUUGUUGGUCUUGUCGCUCUAGCGGAGAAAAAGAAAAGGCAAGGAAGUUGGACGAAUCCAAAACGAAAGCAACAAAAAGUAAAAGUCGGGACAAAAUUCAAAAGAGUAGAUCAAAAGAGUUGACAGAUUCCAAAGCUACUAGCCAGGAUAAGGUUCCAAACUAUAGACUAAGGAAGCUGAUCAAACCCAGCGAAAGGCCCACAAAGGUGAAAAGUCCGGAAAAAGUGAAAGAACAAAAAUCAGAAACAUCAUGCUGCUCCUCUCGUUCAAAAAGUGAAAAGAAUAAGUCCACAAAAUUAGACGCAUCACAGAAGUCUUCAAGUAGCAAAACUCAGCUUUCAAAAGCAAAAAGUCAAGAGCAAGCUCAAAAGAAACAAUCUGGUACUUCCUGUUGUUCGUGUUGCUCAAAAGGAACAAGUGAUAGGGAUUCGAAAACGAAACCAUCGAAAGCCAAACAAAAAGAAGUUGUGCAAGAGAAACCAAUCAAAAAAUACACUCUGUUUUCACGACGAAGUAAAAAAGAGAAAUCAAAGGAAAAGGCUGCACCCGAACAUCCUGUAGGGGAAGAUCAAGCAAAACCGAAAAAAGGGAACAAAAAAGCAGAAAAAACUAAACCAUCAGAGUCAUCGUUCUGUUCCUGCUGCUCCAGCAGUCAUAAACUAUCAAAGGACAAAGACAGUAGAUCGAAAGAAGAUAAUUGUGCUGUUAAAACUAAGCCAGAAGACAUUUCCUACUGCAAGGCGCUCUAUCAAGAAUUAGAAAACAUAAUCAUGCAACAAAACCAAUGCCCAAUAAUGAUUUCACAAACUAGAAUAAACAAGGCCGCAGAAACGAAGUCAUCCAAAUCAAGUCUAAAAUCUAAGCAAGAGAAACAAGAGCAUCAAAAACAAAAGGGAGAAAAAACCAACCAAAAUACCAAAGAAAAGAGAGCAAGUAAACAAAAAAAUAAAAAAACCAUACCAAAUCAAAAUUCAAAGCAGAGAAGCAGGUCUCAAAUACGAAGCGAGAAGUCCAACAGCGACUUGGACAAGGAGAAAGCUUAUAUGCCAGAAUAUGUGCUGGGUAAGCCACAGCGAACAGGCGCAGUCAUCGCUCGAGCGCGUAAGGUGAGGUACAGUCUCUUACCGAGCCUUAAGGCACAGAAAAAAUACCACAAACAUCUUUACAAAGGAUGUAGGCACGAGGUUGCCUUUCAAACUUAACGGGCACUACUACAUUUGACAUGUGACUAUAAAGGUCUGGCCUACAAGCGAACACGUGUGAGAUGUAGUUGCAACGUUAAUUUGGCCUAGUGCCACAUUUAGAGAAGGAUAAGACUCAUGUG